GUCACGUGACAGCCUCCUGACAGCUCAGAGAGGAAACACUAACAUGGCGGUGUGCAUAGCAGUGAUCGCAAAAGAGAACUACCCGCUGUAUAUCCGCAGUGUGCCCACUCAAAAUGAGCUGAAGUUUCACUACACGGUGCACACCUCUCUGGAUGUGGUGGAGGAGAAGAUCUCAGCUGUGGGCAAAUCUUUGGGAGACCAGAGAGAGCUGUACCUGGGUCUGCUCUACCCCACUGAAGACUACAAAGUAUAUGGGUAUGUAACCAACUCCAAGGUGAAAUUUGUCAUUGUUGUGGACUCUUCAAAUACGUCGUUACGGGACAAUGAAAUCAGAAGUAUGUUCAGAAAAUUACACAACUCUUUCACGGAUGUAAUGUGCAACCCAUUUCACAAUCCUGGAGACACCAUUCAGUCUAAGGCUUUCGAUGGCAUCGUAUCUGGAAUGAUGGUGCAAACUGGCUGACGCCCCCCCCAUCUGAGCCUCCUCUGUACAGAACACCUCUACUCCUUUUUGUUGUUUACAUGUUGCCUUGAUUAUUGACUUGCAUAAUUAAUAAAACUUGACUGUUGUUCACUUAA